AGAGAGGCCGGAAGUUCUCCCGAAGCUACACGCCGUGUAGUGGAAGCCGAGGCGGCAGGAAAGUGGUUUGCUGGGUGCUUGGCUGGGUGGGCGAGCCGGAGGGUCGACAUUAGGGUCCUUGGUUCUACAGGAUGGCGUCUCGGGCAGGCCCGCGAGCGGCUGGCACCGACGGCAGCGACUUUCAGCACCGGGAGCGCGUCGCCUUGCACUACCAAAUGAGUGUGACCCUGAAGUAUGAAAUCAAGAAGCUGAUCUACGUGCAUCUCGUCAUAUGGCUGCUGUUGGUUGCCAAGAUGAGCGUGGGACACCUGAGGCUCUUGUCACAUGACCAGGUGGCCAUGCCCUAUCAGUGGGAAUACCCCUAUUUGUUGAGCAUUGUGCCCUCUGUCCUGGGCCUCCUCUCCUUCCCUCGGAACAACAUUAGCUACCUGGUGCUCUCCAUGAUCAGCAUGGGGCUCUUCUCCAUCGCCCCCCUCAUUUACGGCAGCAUGGAGAUGUUCCCUGCAGCACAGCAGCUCUACCGCCAUGGCAAGGCCUACCGCUUCCUGUUCGGCUUCUCUGCAGUCUCCGUCAUGUACCUGGUGUUGGUCCUGGCAGUCCAAGUCCAUGCCUGGCAACUGUACUACAGCAAGAAGCUCUUAGACUCUUGGUUCACGAGCACACAGGAGAAGAAACGGAAGUGAAGCCUGCUUGCUGAACUGCUCUGAGGGUGAAACCUAGGUCUCGCAUUGAGCAGCGUGAAGGGGGCUGUUGAGAUCUCCAUAGACUGCGGCAUCUGUGGUGUUAGCACGCUAGGCUCAGAUGUUGGCCCAGCGCCUCUGCUACCAUCUGCUGAGGGCACAGCUGUAGUAUCUAAUUUAUUCUUGACCAGCUACAGCUGGUGACCAGUGACUGUGAAACACUGCCUGGUUGAACUUGAGGCCCUCUAGAGUUUGGAUUUUCCAGACUGAGCCUUAUCCUUGCCUUCUCUUGGUCGUAUUCCCUACUUCCAUUUGUCACCAGUACUAGUAGAGUUCUGGAAUAAAUCAGUACAUGAAAGUCUACUUCAGUCUGUGGGUCACGGGGCGGGCAACAUUUGGGAAGUUGCUCCCCUGUGGGCUGUUCUGUUUACUGCAAGCCAUUUUAAAUUAAAAUAAAAAACCUUAAUAAAAAGAGUUAAGACUGUC